AUGGCAUGGGAUGCUAGUUUUGCCACUGCUGAUGCUGGAGGGUGGCAUGGAGAAGCGUCAUUCAUAACUGAAAAAAAGGAUUCUCGUUCUACUGCGAUUGGAGAACGCCUACCAGUGCCAGUUACAAUUACCGAUCUCAUCGAAAAUCUUGGCGAAUCUUCAGAUCGCUACAAUUUGGGAAGCUUCAGCUUCGCCACUGUCGCAAUUGUCGGAACUGUGAGAAGCAUGACUUUCGACAAUGGGACCAUGACAUAUAUAUUGCAAGACCCUGAAGAUCCGGACAAGGAAUUUCUUGUUGUAAAAUAUAAUAACAGCGAUACUGCGCAAUCAUUCCAUGAAUCAGAUAUUACUGAAGGAUCUAAAAUUCGUGCUAUUGGAAAAUUGAAAAACUUUGAUAACACUAAUACUUUGCUCGCUUUCAACAUUAUGGAAAUUUUGGAUGAAAAGGAUUAUAAAAUCCAUAUUCUUGAAGCUCAAAUGGCUAAACUUUUCUUCACGAAGAACGUCACCGAUAUUAUGAAAUCAGAUCGUUCGCAACAUCUCAGUGGAAUGCUCGCAGGUCCUGGUAAACGAGCUGCUCCCAAUAACGAUACUAAGGGAGGAAAUUUGGCAAAACGAGAAAUGAAAACGGAGAAUGGAGGAAAUGAUCUUUCGGAGCGUAUCAAAACGUGCCUCAGAAAAUAUGGGGAUGUCGAAGCAGGAAUUCAUAUCGAUCAAAUCUCCGUAGAUGUCGGAAGACCAAAUCGCGAUGAGCUUGAGCGAGCUCUUGCUAUGCUUGCUGAAGAUGGUGUAAUUUAUCCAGCCGCCGACGACAACCACUACUCUAUCAUCUGA